AUGGAGGCUGCGUGGGUGAGACAGAUCGGGUCGCAGACGCCCGGUGAGCAGAGACAUGAUAUAUGACUGUGUCUCCAUUGAUUGCAAUGGGUGCCUUAAAAUGCAGACUGUAUCAGGUCAGAAGUGCGCCAGAGGGUCAGAGACCUGCUCCAGAUGGUUGACGAGCUGCCGUUCGGCCACCUGGACAGCGAUGUGUACGACGGCAUUAGAGACCGCAUUGAUCGCAUCAUAGAGCUGUAAGUCAGGGGCAGGCAGAUACAUACAUAUCAAAGACACAUCCAUCAAUCUCUUGUCGUCUGGUUCGUUCAGUAUCGAUGGCUGCGAGGACCAGAGCGAUUACUUCGCUCUCGUCCACAAGAAGUCCCUCGAAGCAGUGGUGGAGGAGGCGGUGAGCGAAUGCAUUCACAGACGCUAGCCAGUAAGGCAUGGAAGCAUCCAGCUGCCUGUCUGUCUUGCCUGCAAUCAAUCAGGGCUUCACCGUGCCCAAAACUGCACCGACACUGACCUCUACACAGCAGACGGCCACCACACAGAGUGCUGCGUCUGUUGAUGACGAUAUGCAGCUGAGUGUCGACGACGCCCCUGCAGAUGCCGACAUGGAGGACUGACUGACCAACCCAGACAGACGUGUGUGGACGUGUCGCCUGUAUGUGUGUGGCCACGGGACAGACUCGGCGAUGAGACAGACAAACUCGUGGACACGUUGUCUGCCUGGCGGUGUCCGUGUGCCGUGUGUGCUGCAGAUGGCUACUCACACGCGGCUGGCGGACACUCGAACACACACAAGCGACGUGUGUGUGCGGACCGGUGACGUACACGGCUGACUGCCGAGAGAGACUCACUCGAUCGAAUAGCAUCUACAUACCUCCCCC